AUGUCACUCUCCUCCGCUUCCAGCACUCUGCUGCGCACUUGCGCCCGCCAGCAGCUGCCCACCACCCGCGCCGCCGUCACCUCCUGCCAGCAGCGGAGGGGAGUUGCGGAUGCGAAGGCUUCCUUCGACAGCCCCUUCGUUAACGCCGGAGAGCGUGGCUCGACUUUGAAGAUCCCCAACUUCAACAAAUACAAGUCCAACUCUUCCCCUCGCUCCAACCAGGUCUUCUCCUACUUCAUGGCUGGCACCAUGGGUCUGGCCUCCGCCGUCGGUGCCAAGGCCACCGUCCAGGACUUCCUGGUCAACAUGUCCGCCUCCGCCGAUGUCCUGGCCCAGGCCAAGGUUGAGAUUGCUCUUGGUGCCAUCCCCGAGGGCAAGAACGUCAUCAUCAAGUGGCGUGGAAAGCCCGUCUUCGUCCGCCACCGUACCCAGUCUGAGAUCGACGAGGCCCGUGAGUCCAAGUGGGAGUCUUUCCGUGAUCCCCAGUCCGACGAGGACCGUGUCCAGCGCCCCGAGUGGUUGGUCAUGCUUGGUGUCUGCACUCACCUUGGUUGUGUCCCCAUUGGCGAGGCUGGUGACUAUGGCGGCUGGUUCUGCCCCUGCCACGGCUCCCACUACGAUAUCUCUGGCCGUAUCCGCAAGGGCCCGGCCCCUCUGAACCUGGAGGUUCCCCAAUACAGCUUCCCCGAGGAUGAGGUUCUCGUCAUUGGUUAA